AUGGCACAGUCCAUCAGGUACCUGCGAGUUGUCCUGCUGGACUCAAAGGAGUCGCAGGCGGAGCUGGGCUGGACCUCACACCCAUCGAACGGGUGGGAAGAGAUCAGUGGCGUGGAUGAGACCCUCAAGCCCAUCCGCACGUACCAGGUGUGCAAUGUCAUGGAGCCCAACCAGAACAACUGGCUGCAGACGGGCUGGAUCGCCAGGCGUGACGGCCAGAGGAUCUUCAUCGAGCUCAAGUUCACCCUGCGGGACUGCAACAGCAUCCCUGGUGUCACCAGCACCUGCAAGGAGACUUUCAACUUGUACUACGUGGAGUCCGACUCCGACCUGGGCCGGAGCGUCGGCGAGAGCGAGCACACCAAGAUCGACACCAUUGCUGCCGACGAGAGCUUCACCCAGGGAGACCUGGGCGAGCGCAAGAUGAAGCUGAACACUGAGCUGAGGGAGAUUGGGCACCUGAGCAAGAGGGGCUUCCACCUGGGCUUCCAGGACGUGGGCGCCUGCGUGGCGCUGGUCUCCGUGCGGGUCUAUUACAAGAAGUGUCUGAGCACCGUGCAGAACUUGGCCAUGUUCCCAGACACGGUGGCAGAGACGGCCUUUGUGACAUUGGUGGAAGUUAAGGGCACCUGUGUGGCCCAUGCUGAGGUGGAUGUGGAUAACCCCCCUCGGAUGCACUGCAGUGCAGAGGGCGAGUGGCUGGUGCCCGUAGGGAAGUGCAUGUGCAGCCCUGGCUUUGAGGAGAAGGACAGGGGAUGCACAGCUUGCCUUCCAGGGUUUUACAAGCUCUCCCUCCGUCUCCCUCUCUGUUCUCCAUGCCCUGAGCACAGCUUCACACACGAGGAAGCCUCCACGUUCUGUUUGUGCCAGACGAAUUACUCCAGGUCUCCUUCAGACCCACCAUCUGCCUCCUGCACACGCCCACCCUCAGCCCCGAGGAACCUGGUGUACAGCCUGCAGCAGUCGUCCCUGGUGCUGCAGUGGAGUGCCCCCGCCGACGCGGGCGGCCGCAGCGACCUGACCUACAGCCUGUGGUGCGGCCGGUGCUCCGCGGCGCCGCCGGGGCGCUGCCAGCAGUGCGGCAGCAGGGUGGGCUUCGUGCCGCAGCAGACGGGGCUGGUGGAGCGCACGGUCACCCUGGUCAACCUGCUGCCCCACGCCAACUACACCAUCCGCGUGCUGGCGCUCAACGGCGUCUCGGCCGUCAGCCCGCUGGCCGGCCAGCAGUACGCCGAGGUCAACGUGUCCACCGGCCACGCAGUGCCCACUCCCGUCACCGACAUCCGCACCGACAGAGUGGAGCAGAAGAGCGUCUCCCUGUCGUGGCAGGAGCCAGGAGUCCCCACUGCCAAUGGCACCGAGUACGAGGUCAAGUACUUUGAGAAGGAUCAGAGAGAUCAAAGUUACUCAACUGUGAAAACCACAUCAACAGCUGUGACAGUCAAUAACCUGAAGCCUGGUACCCUCUAUAUUUUCCAAAUUCGAACAUCUUCCUCUCCAGACUACGGGAACUACAACCCUGGCAUUGAAGUGGAGACACUGGCAGAGUUGACAGUGGCCUCCAGUGAGCAGAGCCCCGUGCUCAUCAUCGCCGUGGUGGCCAUCGUGGGGCUGACAGUGCUGCUGUCCGUGGUGGCUGGAGUGAUGGUCUGGAGGAGGCAGUGUGGGUACAGCAAAGCCAGCCAGGACGGGGACGAGGAGCUGUACUUCCACUUUAAAAUACCCACCAGGAGGACAUACAUUGACCCCAGCACCUGUGAAGACCCCAUGCAGGCUGUGCACCUCUUUGCCAAGGAACUGGAUAAUGCCAGCAUCAAAAUUGAGAGGAUUAUCAGGACAGGAGAGUUUGGGGAGAUGUGCCGGGGGUGCCUGAAGCUGCCCAGCAAACGGGAGCUGCCUGUGGCCAUCCAGACGCUGCGGGCUGGCUGCUCAGAGAAGCAGCAGCGCUCCUUCCUGGCCCAGGCCUGCACCAUGGGCCAGUUUGACCACUCCAAUGUCAUCCGCCUCGAGGGGGUCAUCACCAGAGGGAGCACCAUGAUGAUAGUGAUGGAGUUCAUGGGGAAUGGCCUGCUGGACUCCUUUCUCAGGAAACAUGAGGGGCAGUUCACAGGCACCCAGCUCAUCUGCAUGCUGCAGGGCAUUGCCUCUGGCAUGGUGUACUUGGCAGAGAUGGGCUAUGUGCACAAAAGCCUUGCUGCCCACAAGGUCCUCGUGAGCAGCAGCCUGGCAUGCAAGAUCACAGGGUUCAGACAGCCACAGGAAGAGAAGAUGGAAACCAUUUUCUCCACCAUGCGUGGGAAGAGCCUGGUGCUGUGGUCAGCCCCUGAAGCUGUCCAGUAUCACCAGUUCAGUCCUGCCAGCGAUGUGUGGAGCUUCGGGAUCGUCAUGUGGGAGGUCAUGUCCUACGGAGAGAGACCCUACUGGGACAUGUCCCACCAGGAUGUGAUGAAGGCUGUGGAGGAUGGGUUCCGCCUGCCAGCCCCAGCCAACUGCCAGCCACCCCUCCACCAGCUGAUGCUCAACUGCUGGCAGAAGGACCGCAGCCAGCGGCCCAAGUUCUCACAGAUCCACAAUGCCCUGAGCAAGUUGGUGCAGAGCCUGGAGCCCCCAAAGUGCCCCAGCUCCACGUGUCCCGGCUCUACGUGCCCCAGGUCCCAUGGCACGUCCAUCCCCCUCUCCAAGAGAACAUUCUCAGCCUUCCCAUCUUUCAGCUCAGUGGGUGAGUGGCUGGAAGCUAUAGAAAUGGGCAGAUACAAGGACAACUUUGCUGCUGCGGGCUACUGCUACCUGGAGUCAGUGGCCAGGAUGACAGCCCAAGACAUCCUCAGCCUGGGGAUCACGCUGGCCGAGCACCAGAAGAUCCUCCUGGGCGGGAUCCAGGCGCUGCGGGCGCAGGUGAUCCAGAUGCACGGGCGAGGCGUGCAGGUGUGAGGGGUUCCUGCAGAGCUGCACAGCUCCAGCCCGGCGCUCCCGGCCAGGAGCGGCCUGCUGGCCCCAGCCAGCCCCACCUCUGAAACAUGGGGGUCCCCGGUGGGCUGUGGAAAUCGCGGGGUGCUGCCAAACAGGAGGGCAGGGUUCUGUGCCCUGCGCUGGGCAGCCCGGGAUCCUGGGAUGGUGCGGCGUGCCUGGGUGGUCGUGGCGCUCCCCAGCGCUGUUUUGUAAGAUGAGUCAAACUGUGUUGAUGCCAUUUCAUGUGGUAGUUGAGUUCACAGGGUGGGAUGGACCUUUUUGCACUGUCUUAAUCCAGAGACAACACUUCUGUAUCUACUAUCCUGCUGGUGAAUCCAUGGGUACUUUUAUACAACCUGACAGAUCACAGCAACGCCACAAGGAGUUUUUAUUGCUUUUAUAUUUAGAGAGCAGCUCUCUCCCAAUGCCCAGCUCCUGGAAGGUGACUUUCCCCAUCUGUGCUGAAGAAAACUCUUUCCCAGUCAUAUCCCUCAGGCAAACCCUUGGGGCAAGCCUCCCUCCUCACACCCUCACUACUUCCCGAGUGUUGACACCUCAGCUGGUGAACAAAAUGAAAUAUUCUCCAGUAAAGCAGAGAGGAAAUGCUGCUGGCUGCAUCCAUGCAAUGCAGGGCACACCCACACUUUGUUCUGUGAGCAUGGUGCUGCCUGCCUGGCACGCUGGCUGCUCCCACAGCUGCAGCCUGAUCCCUGAGAAGACAUAAAUAGCAUCUUAAUAAUGCAACUUUCCCUUGAAGUUUGUUAAUUAAAUGGGUAUUUGCAGCUCUGUGUGGAGUUUUCUAAGGCUUUAUUAGGAUCUCUGAUUAUCACAAGUGAAUUAUUAAUGCUGAAAGGCAAAGAUUUCCAUAGGGGAUGAAGGCUGUGGGAGAUGCUCAGAGUCUGGCUGGAAAUCUGCUCCAGUCAGACCCUCCUGUUAGCCUUCUCUGAGAGGAUGAGGAUCUGCAUGAGGAUUGAAUGAAGCCCUUGGGGCUGGCACAGUGACCACUCUGCCCAGGAGAAUGCUGGAUAUGCUCUGGGAAAAACAACAUCUCUCCUUCCUUCCCCCUCUGCAGUUCAAACCAUGUUCCCUCCCCAGUGUCUCUUGGUUAGUGUUUUUAACAGAAAUAAUUUCUCUAAGUGUGGCCCACGUUUAGUUGGGUUGGUCACUUGCCAUCCUGCUGUUUCCCACCCUGAAGAGGAACAGCACUGAACCGAGCCCUGCAUUUAAUGAAAUGCCUGAUCCCAAGGAUCAAGUGCAAUUUGUGUGCUCUCUGUGAUAACAUUUUAUCUCUAGAGAAGGUAUAUUACAGGUCUCUAGGCAGGGGGGCUGAACUAGCUUGAUCCUGGAUGCAGGAGCCGUGCUGGGAAGUUGCUGCUGGAGGAGCUGGCUCCAGGCUGGGUCACCCCAGCGGGGUCUGGAGACAUCCAGGGCUUGGUGACAAGGUGACAGUGUGCCUCAGUUUGGGAAACAGACCUGGCCAUGAG